AUGCUUGCCAACGCGGCCACGAUGCGCAUCCUCAUCAAGGGGGGCAAGGUCGUGAACGACGACUGCACGGUGGAGGCCGACGUGUACAUCGAGAACGGGGCCAUCCAGCAGGUGGGCCGCGAGCUCAUGAUCCCGGGCGGGGCCAAGGUCAUCGACGCCACGGGCAAGCUGGUCAUCCCGGGCGGCAUCGACACCAGCACGCACUUCCACCAGACGUUCAUGAACGCCACCUGCGUGGACGACUUCUACCACGGCACCAAGGCUGCCCUCGUGGGGGGCACCACCAUGGUGAUCGGGCACGUGCUUCCGGACAAGGAUGCCUCGCUGCUGGACGCCUACGAAAAGUGCCGCGGCCUGGCCGACCCGAGGGUGUGCUGCGACUACGCCCUGCACAUGGGCAUCACCUGGUGGGCGCCGAAGGUGAAGGCUGAGAUGGAGACCCUGGUGCGGGAGAAGGGCGUCAACUCCUUCCAGAUGUUCAUGACCUACAAGGACGUGUAUAUGCUGCGCGACAGCGAGCUCUACCAGGUCUUCCGCGCCUGCAAGGACAUCGGCGCCGUGGCCCGCGUCCACGCCGAGAACGGCGAGCUGGUGGCGGAGGGGGCCAGGGAGGCCCUGGACUUGGGCAUCACUGGUCCAGAGGGGAUUGAGAUCAGCCGGCCAGAGGAGCUGGAGGCUGAAGCGACGCAUCGGGUCAUCACCAUCGCGAACCGGACUCACUGCCCGGUCUACCUGGUCAACGUCUCCAGCAUGGCGGCCGGAGAUGUCAUCGCUGCGGCCAAGAUGCAAGGGAAGGUGGUGUACGCGGAGACCACCACGGCCCACGCCACGCUGACGGGCCUGCACUAUUACCACCAGGACUGGUCCCACGCGGCGGCUUACGUGACUGUGCCGCCCCUGCGGCUGGACACCAACACCUCCGCCUACCUCAUGAGCCUGCUGGCCAACGACACCCUGAACACCGUGGCCUCCGACCACCGGCCCUUCACCAGCAAGCAGAAGGCGCUGGGCAAGGAGGACUUCACCAAGAUCCCCCACGGCGUCAGUGGCGUGCAGGACCGCAUGGCCGUCAUCUGGGAGCGCGGCGUGGUGGGGGGCAAGAUGGACGAGAACCGCUUUGUCGCCAUCACCAGCUCCAACGCCGCCAAGAUCCACAACCUCUACCCUCGCAAGGGCCGCAUUGUCCCCGGGGCCGACGCGGACGUGGUUGUGUGGGACCCUGAGGCCACGAAGACCAUCUCAGCCAGCACCCAGGUGCAGGGGGGCGACAUGAACCUGUACGAGAACAUGCGCUGCCACGGCGUGCCACUGGUCACCAUCAGCCACGGGCGCGUCGUCUACGAGAACGGCGUCUUCAUGUGUGCCGAGGGCACCGGCAAGUUCUGCCCACUCCGCUCCUUUCCGGACUCCGUGUACAAGAAACUGGUGCAGCGAGAAAAGAGUUUAAAGCUUAAGGGCGUGGACCGCACCCCAUACCUGGGGGACGUGGCCGUGGUCGUGCACGCCGGGAAAAAAGAGACGGGGACGCCACUUGCAGACACCCCCACCCGACCUGCCACGAGGCACGGGGGCAUGCGGGACCUCCAUGAGUCCGGGUUCAGCCUUUCCGGUUCUCAGAUCGAUGACCAUGUUCCAAAGCGAGCUUCGGCCCGGAUUCUCGCUCCCCCCGGAGGCAGGUCUAGCGGCAUUUGGUAG